CGGGCUGCGGAGCCGCCCGCUUCGAGGAGGAGCGGGGCUGGGGCUCCGCCCUGGAAAAAAGGCGUAACCCGAGGCCCCGGAGAACUGGAGAUGCAGGCGCCGAGACAAGUUCGCUCCCAGGACCCUGGACAGCGCCGGGUGCUGGACCGGGCUGCCCGGCAGCGCCGCAUCAACAGGCAGCUCGAGGCCUUGGAGAAUGACAACUUCCAGGACGACCCCCACGCAGGCCUCCCCCAACUCGGCAAGAGGCUGCCUCAGUUUGACGAUGAUGCAGACACUGGAAAGAAAAAAAAGAAAACUCGAGGUGAUCAUUUUAAACUUCGCUUCCGAAAAAACUUCCAGGCCUUGCUGGAGGAGCAGAACCUGAGCGUGGCGGAGGGCCCCAACUACCUGACGGCCUGCGCAGGGCCCCCGUCCCGCCCUCAGCGCCCCUUCUGUGCUGUGUGUGGCUUCCCUUCCCCCUACACCUGCGUCAGCUGCGGAGCGCGGUACUGCACGGUGCGCUGUCUGGGCACCCACCAAGAGACCAGGUGUCUGAAGUGGACUGUCUGAGCCUGGGGUCUCCAGAGAGGAAGGACCUCCAUGCACCACCAAGGAAGCGCCCUGAACAGAGGGAGGAGCCACGUGCUCCCCUAGCACAGCUCUGUUGUCCCUGCAGGGACAGCCAGUCUUGCUCCUGGGGUCAUCCAGCAGGGUGGGCCCAGCCUGCAGAGUGCUGUGGUAAUAAAAGGCCUGGUGCCCGGAGCCUCCCUGCUUGGUUGUGGGGUGUUUGGGGGUGAGGGUCAUGGGCCACCUGUCGCUCCUACUUACUGCUGUCUUCCUCUGACCUGCCACUUGCCGCUGCCCUUCUGUGUCUGACCAUGGGGAAUUUUGUCCCAUUCUCCUGCCACUCCGUCGUCUUGCCUUUGCCUUUCUUAACUGAUCCAUGUGUCUUCACAGUCCAUAGGAAAUCCAGCUACCUUGAAGCAGAAGCCACCAUUCUGUGAGAAAGCCCAGGUGACUCCGAGGCUGUGGGCAGGUGUCCUCACUUGCAGACCCGGGGGGGCCAGGCCUUCCUUCUUCAGCACUGAUUUAGUUUGGUUUUGCUUUUGAUUUCUCUGGUUCCUCUUACUAUUUUUGAAGUACAUGUAGGUUCCAGGGCUGGGUAACAGAAACUGGGCGAGGGCUAGAGCCGGGAUACAGGAUGCUACUGUGAAGGUGCCAGUCCUGACUUUAUCUGGAGCUUAGCCAAGUGGGAGUGGCCAGAGAGCCUUUGUCCCUGCUGCCCCUGUCUGAGAAAGCAGUUGUCUUUAGAAGCCCCUGUUGUCUGUGACAACAAUUGUGUCAAAUUAUUGGCAGCCCUGACUCCAGAAGUUCCUGGAAGACGUGGGGAUUGCAGCGUAGAGCUUCCUGGCCUGGUGGUGCUGCAUGCGGGGGUGCCAGGCCUUCUCUGCCUCAUUUUGAGGAUUGCAAACCCUAAUCCCAUAAGCUCCUUGGAGUCCAUUGUUAAGCCACAGCAAGGCAGGGGCUUUGGGAGUAUUUGUUGAGCAAAUGACCUUAAUAAGAUGUUAAUGAGAUGGCAACCAGGACAAUGCCAGGCACUGCCUCAGGCUCUUCACUGCUCUUUGGGACAGUGUUUUCUGGGGACCUGCUUUCCCUUUCUCUGAAAACUUGUGGCAGGCCAGAUGGUAUUAAUGACAGCUUCACAGGAGUUGGUAGUGACCAUAGGGUUUGGAGAGAAUUCAGGUGUGGUGAUCGUAGAAAUGAGGUGAGGUUGUUUUUCCUUGAAUCAAAAGGUGGGGUGUUCCCCUAGAAUCUAGGCCGGCUAAUGACUCCCCCAACAUGAUACCCACAGUCCUGCCCUGUGGCUAGGACACUUGCUUUUGGGUCCCCAAGACUGUCCAUAGGAAAUCCAGCUACCCUGAAGCAGAAGCCACCAUUCUGUGAGGAAGCCCAGGUGACACCAAGGCUGUGGGCAGGUGCCCUCACUUACAGACCCAGGAGGGCCAGGCCUUCAAAUCCUGCCAUCCCAGCCUCAGUCACAGGUGAUUGUGCCCCUGGCAUCAGUUCACCUUCAGCUUUCCGUCUCACAUCCAGAGAGAGAGAAGCCGCCUCGCUGUGCUGUGCCUGUUCAGAUUCCUGAGUUACAGAAUCUGUGUGCAGAAUAAAAUAGUGGAAUUAUG